GGAGUGGGGAGGUUUUUCUGUUAGCUAACUCUGCUAAUGCGGCUGUAGCUUGUAGCAGCUAGUUAGCAUCAGUGGAGAUUGUUUCUUUUCCAUCCACUUUGUUUAGAGACAUCUACAAAUAUACAAACAUCCAGUCAUGGACUCGGACGAGGGCUUUAACUAUGAGUUCGACGAUGAGGAGUGCAGCGAGGACAGCGCUGAGGAUGAAGCCGACGAUGACGCGCUGGACCUCGGCGAAGUGGAGCUGGUCGAGCCGGUGGUAGCCGGAGGAGAGCGGGACGGCUGCGAGGAGACCGGCAGCGGCGGCGGCGGUGGUGGAGGCGGCCUCGGGGCCGAACAGGACGAAGAGGAUUACCGAUACGAAGUGUUAACCGCCGAGCAGAUCCUCCAGCACAUGGUGGAGUGCAUCAGGGAGGUGAACGAGGUUAUUCAGAACCCAGCGACGAUCACCAGAAUCCUGCUCAGUCACUUCAACUGGGACAAAGAGAAGCUCAUGGAGAGGUACUUUGACGGGAAUCUGGAUAAACUGUUCUCAGAGUGCCACGUCAUUAACCCCAGUAAGAAGGCGAGGACGAGACCGAUGAGCACACGUUCAUCUAAUCAGGACAUGCACUGCCAGAUCUGCUACCUGAACUAUCCCACUUCGUAUUUCACAGGUCUGGAGUGUGGACACAAGUUCUGCAUGCAGUGCUGGGGGGAUUACCUCACCACCAAAAUUAUAGAAGAGGGGAUGGGUCAGACUAUCUCAUGUCCUGCUCACAACUGUGAUAUUUUGGUUGAUGACAACACUGUAAUGCGGUUGAUCACCGACUCAAAAGUGAAGCUGAAGUACCAACAUCUAAUCACAAAUAGUUUUGUAGAGUGUAAUAGACUUUUAAAAUGGUGUCCGGCUCCUGACUGCCACCAUGUGGUGAAGGUCCAGUAUCCAGAUGCCAAACCAGUGCGCUGCAAAUGCGGGAGACAGUUCUGCUUCAACUGUGGAGAGAACUGGCACGACCCGGUGAAGUGUAAGUGGUUGAGGAAGUGGAUUAAGAAAUGUGAUGAUGACAGUGAAACAUCGAACUGGAUUGCAGCAAACACCAAGGAGUGUCCCAAGUGCCACGUGACCAUUGAAAAGGAUGGCGGUUGUAACCACAUGGUUUGCCGUAACCAGAACUGUAAGGCGGAGUUCUGUUGGGUGUGCUUGGGCUCUUGGGAGCCUCAUGGCUCGGCCUGGUACAACUGCAAUCGCUAUAACGAAGACGACGCCAAGGCGGCCCGAGACGCCCAGGAGCGUUCCCGUGCAGCACUGCAGCGUUACCUUUUCUACUGUAACCGCUACAUGAACCACAUGCAGAGCCUGCGCUUUGAGCACAAGCUGUAUGCGCAGGUCAAGCAGAAGAUGGAGGAGAUGCAGCAGCACAACAUGUCGUGGAUCGAGGUGCAGUUCCUGAAGAAGGCCGUGGACGUGCUGUGCCAGUGCCGCUCCACGCUCAUGUUCACCUACGUCUUUGCCUUCUACCUCAAGAAGAACAACCAGUCCAUCAUUUUCGAGAACAAUCAGGCUGACCUGGAGAACGCCACAGAGGUGCUGUCGGGCUACCUGGAGCGAGACAUUUCCCAGGAUUCCUUGCAAGAUAUCAAACAGAAAGUCCAAGAUAAAUAUAGAUACUGCGAGAGUCGACGGCGAGUUCUGCUGCAGCACGUGCACGAGGGCUACGAGAAGGACUUAUGGGAGUAUUUAGAGGACUGAGGAAGACUCCUCGAAUCAUAAACUCUCAGCUUGGAAAACGCUCUCGCCAGCCAGCCAGCCAGCCAGCCAGCCAUCUCCACACUCCCUCCACACACCGCAUCCUUUUUCAUGCCUGUUCUGUUUGUUUUUAUUGAGAUUCUAAAUUAAUUUUAUUCUAAUAAAAAUGUAGCUUUAUUAAAGACAAAACCCCAAUGUCAGUAUUGUAGUUGAGUUUGCAGUAAGGACCCGCGCGCUUCCCUCCAGCGCCGGCGUUCACGCAGACUGCCUACUACUUCAGUAGACCCAUAAAAACAAAAAAAGCUUAUAUUUUUCAGUUUGGUUUCAAAUGGGUUUUGUCUCGCGCAUGGUGUGGUGUGACACGUGCGUCGUUUGUCAGGAACAUCUGCCUCAUAGCUUUCUUGAAGUUUUUCCUGAAGAACAAAAGGCCUUUUCGGUGUCGACAGGUGUCCUGCGUUUCGAUCUGUAAAUAACUAGUGUGCAUGGAACAUGGUGUGGGACACGUUUUCUCUCCUUUUUUUUUAAUAAUUAUUUUUACAGAUAUUCAGAAGGUGUGUAAACCCAGUGUGUCUAGAAAAACUACUCAGCUUCAAACGUAUACAGUAAGGUUUUAUUUUGUUAAGACUCCAAUGAUGGAGGAUAGAAACCACACUCGUACAGGCAGCAGCGUAAAAGUAGCCUUAAAAAGACGGGGGUGGGGUGGGGGCGGGGCGGGGCGGGGCGGGUGGUAGGUAUCAUAUGCACUUUCACACACGUUACUGUAGGAUGGAGUCGAUCAGCUCACGUCACAAGUGUGUCCGUGUCUUUUAGUUCUGCAUCUCGGCUACAAGGCUAAAGAUCCUAAGGCGGAACAUCUGCACCAAACUGCAGCUGUUUCUUCAGUUCCUGUCACCCGCUGCUUUCGAGCAUGGGACGGCAGUGUGACGUGUAGAACUUUUUUUUUGCAGUUUGCAAACAUUCCUCGCGUCAUGCCCCGAUAAAGUUUGAAGGCAGAAUGCUGCAUGGCAUGCUUUAAUGAGACGAAGACCAUUAAAAUUCGUUGAGCGUGAAGCUGCGCUCUGUUGGAGAGAGCUAUCGGCCCUCUUCUGCAUACACGAGCUCACAGUGCCCUGUGAUGGAGAGGGGAGAGAGUAUGCCCCUCCCACCCAGGAAGCGUUUCUCUCUCUGGCUUCUAUUCACUAAAAGAUUUCCACUGGUUGGUAUAAAGGUCCAUUAGGGGUUGGAUUAGUCUUGUAGCUCUAAUGCAAAACCAAUAAAGCACGCUGGACAUCAAACACAUCAUGAGUACUUUUGGCUUAAAGGGAGGAAAUGUGUACUCUAGCCAAACCUUUCCCUUUAGUCGUCCGUUUUGCGCAUUCGGCUGGCGACUAAAACCGCUCCGGCGGCUGGACGUGCGUAAACCUCGCUUUGUCACUGACCUGCAUGUAGGCAUGUGCCAAGAAUUAAUCGCCGAGAGAGAUAGUGGACAUGUGCAGUAUCUUACUGUGAGUGCGAUAUCCUCGCGCCUCUUUCUUACAUUCGUCAGCCAUUUCAGACAGCACUGGAGGCGGAGUCUGUGCCAGUCAGUCGGCUAAGACGAUGUAUUCUGGACAAAACGAUCGAAGUACGAUUUUUAAGCGAGAUUCUGCCGGCUUUCUUUAAAAGUGAAAAUGCCGUGCAGUGAGAAGUUGCUCGGUGCGUGUCCUCAGCACAUCAUAACCGCUGAUGAACGUUGAGUGUUUGUAGUGAUCUCGUAGCACCACACGAUGAUUGGUUCUUCACCGCGUUCCUAAAGCUGCUACGCUUCAGCGGAAAACCCUGAGCGCAGAGUGAUGAGACGCUCCUCACACCGGCACCAGAGAAGCUUCUCUACAGCUUCACACCUUUGGAGUGUCACCUGAUGUUCAACAUGCACACUAUAUCUAAAAUUCCAUGAAGGAUUAUGGUUGCAUGUCGUGUUCUACAGUAAAACACACAUGCUUUCUGUACAGCCACGUUGUAAAGAAUGAAAAGACUGGGCCUUGCAUAAGUAUUCACUCCCCUGGACCGGACAUGGUGUGUGUAUCUGUAAAAUAGCCCAUAAUCUUCAAGUAGGAGGAAAAUCAGUGUAGGUAUUUGCAAGUUAAAGAGUUGUGAUUGCCCAGGUAUUCACUCCCAGACCUUAAAUUAGUUCUUGUGCUAUCAUGAGUUGCGAAAGUAGUUGACCUGUAUGCAAGUAAAGUGAGUAAUAGAAAUAGAUCUGAUCCUGCAAGACCCCAGAGUUUGUUUGAGAACCUACCGAAACAAAAUUGCAACCACAACUUGAUUCAUGAUGAAUCCCAAUCAAGUCCGUUUCUUCUUCAGCACUACAGAAAGGGGUGUUAAUACUUAUGCAAGGCACUGCAUUGUGAUGUAUGAGAUUAAUAUUGGCACAUGCCUGCUGUAAAACGGCUCGUUUCGCGAGUUGUUUCCACAAGUCUUUUUAUUAUUAUUAUUAUUUUUUUUUUAUGAUUAUUCCUAUGUUUUUUUUGUACGCACCUGUCUGAAAGUUUGGUAACGAUCCCUAAGGAAUCAGACACUGACAUGUACCGACUCGACCCAUGAUCUGCUCUGUAAGAUAGUGGACAGCUGUGACUAACCGUCAUCCUCACACUCACGAUUUUCUAACUGAUUUUCUGUUGACUGGAGUGUACAUAGUUAUUUGUGUUUCCUUAAUACCACCAUUGUGAGAAGCCUAAAGGACUCCAGUGUUGGCUGUACUGGGAGAUCUCUUCACCAAAGUGUGGAUAUCAAAUAAAAAAAAAAAGAAAAUGAAUACUGCCUCUGGUCAGAGAAGUGUUCAUCUUCAGUGGCUUUCAUGUGUUAUAACCAUUCUUACAAAUGAAAAUUGUCCUAUUUAAAUAAAUCUCAUUCAAAAGUGUGA